GUAACUUUCGCCUGUCACAAAAACGUCAAAAGUUUUUCGUAAUGGCCGUCGUAGUCGUUGCGCAUAGGGGUCCGCGCAUGUCCUAUGGCGUCGAGUUGUUAUUGUUGAGAGCGUUUAAUUAUUUUUAACAAUAUUAUGUGUGUUUUAAGGGACUUUUUACGCGAAAAUCAAACAAUUAGUGAGUGUUGAGUUGUGCUAGUUGAGUGCCCUAAAGGAUUUAGUUGGUGGAACAACGUUCGCGGUGUCAAAAGUAAAAAAUAAUUUUCCUGGAUGGCUCACUCUACUGAUCCAUGUGUGAGCGCGCCCGCUCGGGGCCCUCGGGAUUUCCGGCGCGACAAGGCGCGCCUGCUCGUCUUGUAAAUGGCUCCUGACGGUGGUCAGACGGGAGAAGAAGUCUCCACCGUCAUCACCUGCGAGGGGACGCUUGGUCACCCCGAGUUUCCUCUGCAAUUUCAAAAAGUAGUUGAUAGGUUGAAUGGUAUAUUAGGGGUUCCGGUGAAAGUCCGCAAGCUGGAGCCGUGGAACUCGGUGCGCGUGACGCUGUCGGUGCCGCGCGAGGCGGCCCUACGCCUCAGACAGCUCGCGCAGCAAGGAGCGCCUCAAUUGCGCGCCCUCGGUAUACUCAGCGUACAAUUGGACGGCGAGGGCGCCAUCUCGUUGCGUAUACAAGGUGCCAAUGGCGAACCUCAGGAGGUGAUUCUGAGAACCACUCAAGAUGGACCUAGUAGUAGUUCAAGCUCUGUCCCCCUGGGUCUGGGGGCGUUGCUAUCAAAUGCGAGCGGAGCGCCUGGCAGCUCUGCAACCAAUUCCCAAGUGCAAUUUAAGUCGCCCAAUGUGGUGUGUCCACCCGAUACCGUCGUGCCACGAGUUGGUACCAAUAUGGGACCACCUCAAAGCACCAUCACUUCCAAUUCUCACAACAAACCCCCUUAUGCUGGACCUUUUCCUUUUGCCAGCAUGAAUCAGGCGAUCCAUAGUCAAAACAGCACCAAUUCUAAUGGACCGUCAAGUGCUCCAAGGAGUACAAACAUGGAACCACCCCAAUCUCAGUUUUUACCACCACCUUAUCCUGGUAGCAGGCAAUCACCUAAUACUCCACAGUCUCCAAGUCAACCUGCAGUCACAAUUUCAAGUCCUUUGCUUGUAAAUUUACUGCAAAAUGAUCACCAAGUUAGUACCAGUUCAAUGACCAAUAAUAAAGUACUUGAAUUGCCACCACCUGCAUCCCCAUCUGUUGUAAGACAGAUGAGGCCUCCACCACCACCUUCACCUGCUGCUAAAGUUCAAGGUGUAUUAGCUGGUUCUUCACCAAUAAUUACUUUACCCAGUACAACGGUGCCUUCUCCUACACAGCCUCAUCAGAUCAAAUCUGUAUCAGCAACUUUACCCAUGGGGUUAUCCAAUCACAUUCAUUCUCAGGCCAACGUGCUAGUGAACUCGAGUAACAAUAAUAGUAAUAAUAAUAUUAGCAGUAAUUCAUCGGUAUCACCGCCAAGCGCCUUAACGACUUCAGUAGCUUCGAAUAGCAAUUCCAGCCCAUUGUCGGCUACAAACAGUUCAGUAGUGACCAGUACCCAAUUAGCCAUAAACAGUAUAGCCAACUCAUUGGCUAGUGCCGCAAAUAAUAUCACUAAUAAUAGUUCUCAAGGAAUUUUCGGAUUACAUAAAGGGGUGUUCGGACAGCCGCACACAAGUUUGCAUUAUCAGAGGACACCACAGGGCAGUAUUAUUGCGGUUAAUAAGCCCUUACCUCCCAGCCAAACUAUGAAUGUCCCAGUUCAAAAUAGCAUUCCUCUGCAUCAAAAUCAACGCCCGAAUUUGUCGUUGGCACCCGUGUUGCGUCACCAGCAACAACAAAUCGCCAGCAUUCCUCCAAAAACUGGACCCGUAUUCGCGCAGCAAAGCAAUGUCGUCGUAGCCCACCAUAAUAAUUUGUUGCAUCACAGCCAAGCAAAAAUGCAACAAAAUUUAUUGGUCGGAGGUAGUAUGUUGUGUAACAGUGCUGUAGUACCUGGCAGUAAUGUUUCUUUGCCUGGAAACAAUCACAUUUUGUCACUUGGUAAUAGGGGUAGACCACAAACACCACUUAGUAAUAUGAAUGUUGGAAUAAUGACAUCAAAUCAGCAUAGUAAUUCUGGUUUGGUUUUGAACCAUGACACUCUCACUACUCAGGUGGCUCAGCAGGCCUCUGUGACAACAAAUAUAAUUAAAAAACCUUUGCCUUCUCCGCCGCCUUACAAUGUUGCCAUUUCUCGUAAUUGGGAUUCUAUAAUGGGCAAUCAUACCAACCUAUUAGAUUUGGCGCCGUCGCUCACAGAUUUAAAACCUGACGAGUUAGAUGAGCUAUUGCCUACUUUGGAUCACGACGCCCUACCAGAAUUGUCUGAAUUGGAAUUAUUGGGCAGUGCGCUGAGCGGUAACCCUGAUGUUCCUUCUAGUUUGUGUGAGGGUAGUUCCAGUAGCAAUAGUAAUGCAGUGGCUGUUGAGUGUUUGAAUGAAAAUAGUACAAACAGUGGAGAUGGGAGAAAAUUUCUCAUUAAUCCUUUGACUGGUGAGCUGGAACCUCAUAGUGGUGAAGAAGAAAGUGAUAAUGAAGAGGUAAAGGAUGUCUUCACGGGUCUUCCCUCUCCACUUGGUUUGUCAGAUGAUGACACCAAUUCUACUUCAAGAGCUGAUACCAACACAGAUCAAAGUGACAGUGAAACAAGGUCAAGCACUGAAGGCAAAUAUUCUAGAAGUAAAAAUUCAAAAAAUAGAAGAGAGAGCAAAGAGUUAACUGGAAAGCCACCCGAAAAAAUCAAACUCCGUCUCAAACUGGAAAAGAACGAACCAAUUAAUUCAGCCUACAAGGUAGAUGUGAGCUUUAUCAACACACAACAACCAAAAAAAGCUGCUGCAUCUCUUAUUGCCACUGGAAAUGUGCCACCGAUAGGCAUUGAAGAGCUUCGAGUACCUCCAUUGCAUAUUUCCCUAAGAGGACGAAAUUCUGCAGUGAUUAAAAACAAAACCAAACUUAAUCCAGAUGGUACACCUGUGGUGAAAAAAGCCAGAAAGCUACAGAACAAAGUUAAGAAAGAUGGUUUUAGUGAGGAAGAGGAAAGCAAAGAAUUGGGAGAGAUGAGUGAACAUAAGAAAGCUAAAAAAUUUAAAGCCAAUCAUGAGCAUAAGGACCUACUUGCAGCUCUUAGUGAUCACCCAGGUUCACCGACUAACAAUACAAUUUCUAAAUACUCAUUGCACAAUCACUACAAAGAGAAACAGAAAGAACGACGCGGUUCUGAUUCCGAAUUGGUCAGAGCCAACAGCAAAAAGCACGACUUAAACGGAGCAUUAGCUGCUGAGGAAAAAAGACGUCGACUAAGUCAAUCUGAAGGCGACAAGAGAUUGGAGGAUGACAUGGUACCCUCGGUGCUAGGUUCAACUAACGUUGGGACUGUCGGGGUAUUGCCUCAAAAAAUCCGGAAGGAAAAGAUUAAAUUAAAAGAUAGCUUUAAAAUCAAAGACAGUAACAGGAAAUUAUACUCAACAUCCAAACCAGGUCUCAACAACUUGUCUAUGCCGCCAUCUCCGUCAGAUAAAAAGCAGCAGCAAAGUGCUACAAUAGCCUUACCGACUGCCAUCGACAUGGAUAUGGAAGCAAAAUUUAAACAAAGCCUUAUGGAAGGUGUCCUAGCUGAAAAAGGCAUACCACGCCCCCCUCAUCGGACUGUUGAAGUUGUCGGCCAUGUGCAGACUGAUGGAGCAAGAAUAGGAAGUGUUGGCGAGAAGGUACCUAAAAGUCCAGAUCCCAUUCAGACCAGCAUGAAAGUGAAAGAAAAAUCGCCAGAGCCGGACAAGUGCAAUGUACCCAAUAGCGAAAGAAAAUCAAUUGAUUCUCUGCAAGAUAAGCAACUCAAUGCUGUAGUCACGUCAGGGGGAAGAUCUCCAAACUCAGGAAGUAGCGGGGGACAAGGUGAAGACAGCGGAAUCGAGAGUAUGGAUGCUUUAAGCGAAAAGAGUCCCAAUCAGGCGAGUCAAAGUCCUCACGCUGACAUCCUGCCCAACGUCGUCGUUCCCACAUCUAAGUCCCAAGUGCCUGACAUGUUGGACAUUGAGGCCCAGCUUGCCAAAAUGGAGGGCCUAGAACCGCACCAUCAAGAAGAACUGUCUUUGCCAAAAAACAUAGUGACCAACAAUGUUACAAAUCAAUCUGAAAGUGGUGAGGCAAAAUCUCCCAAUCGGACUACAGAGGAUGUAAAUGAGAAUGAGUGCAUUCACAGGAGUGAUUCCAAACCGUGCUGCGAGUUGACAUGUACGCUUCAGGACGGAUUGGAUAAAAAUGUUCUCAAUAAUUCUACAGGCAAAGAUGACAUGGAACCUCUCAAGGCUGUCAUAAGUGAGGACCAACAGCCACCCCACUCACCUCCAGCCCUUCGUGUGGCUCCAGCUCUCUACUCGUAUCCUUCCAUUAGUAAGGAUGGGAAUUCGAGGGGGGGUAGCGAAAGUCCCAUGCUUACCACCGAAGAUGAGGACAGUAAUCUGGUCCCUAUGACUGGGGCUCAGGCGCAUUCGCAGCAACCCAACAACAAAAGCAAAAGCUUGCUGGAGCAGCUUUUAAUUGAGAUUCCUAGCGAACACAGCAAUGCUGUUGCUCCUAGUGCACAUAGCCCAGCAACUAGGUCAUCAGUUCGAACGAGAGCACUCAGUAAACUAGGCAGUCCUGAGCUUAGUUCUCCGGUCCCGAAAACGGCAAAAACAGCGCCUCUCCCCAAUGCAACCGCGAAGAGAAAAAGAAACGAAAGCGACAGCUCAAAUCAAAGUGUUGACGACACAAGAAAAAGGCCCAGAAAGGGUUCAGAAGCUUCUGAAGUCGCAAAAAGAACAAGCCAAGCAACAGCAGUAAAGAAAAGUAGUAAAAUCGGGAUGGUUCAAAAUCAGCAAUUGGAAGACAGUUCGGACAGCGACGAACCUCUGAUAGAAAAAGUUAGAAAAACUGCUCCCAAAAGCAAUUUGAAACCCGUUAAAGGAGUACUCGGCCUGCAAACGACCAUACCUAGUCAGAUAAAUAAUAAAACAAAUACAAGAAGGUCGGCAAGGGCAGGUCAACAGCAAGAUAAACAGCAGCAAGAUACAAAACAGCAACCGGCUCAGAAUACUCGAAGUCGGGAGAAGGUGGUGCAACAGCAGCUCAGUCAUCAUACUACGCCUCAGCAGCAGCAACAGAGUGCCCAUAGCAAUGCUGAAGCUGAAGCGGCGCUCAGAAGAAAAACACGAAGUGCGGACAUGGAAAGCAAACGUAAAAAAGAGGUAAAGUGACACAACGGUUCCGGCUGGCCAUUCGAAAAGGCUGGCCACCGUUACUUGCAUCAGUUGUUGCCAGCCUACGAGUCGUACUUGCAUUGCUCGGCUCCUCCCGAGGACGUUUCUGACUUUUCCAACAGCAGUGACGAUUUUCCCGCUUAUUCCAGCAGCGAAGAGAGCAGCAGCGGCGGCUCGGGAGCGAGUUUUUCUUGCGUGAGCGUUUCGAGUAGCGACGACGAUUGAGUUGCUGGUUUGGUGAGUUGUUCAAAGAAACGAAAGAGGCGAUUUUAUUUGGUAAAUAAACUAGUAAAUUUUUAUUUUGAAAACGGUUUACGGACCACAAAUAAUUGUGCAAUUUUAUUUUUAUUGGCUUUUUGUUGACAAAAUGACAGCUAUAAAACUAAUGUGCCUUCGUAACUGAAAAGUAUAAGUGUAUACUAAAUAGUGUUCAAACAAACCAAACAAAAAAAAAAUGCCUUUCAAAGACAGCUAUCAUUUUUUCUCAAUAUAAUUUUUACAUAAUAUCUACCAAUUAAAUAAGCCCCUUUGAUUUAGGCCAGGCUGCAAUAAAAUGAAAUCGGCAAAUAUAUAAUAAUAAUACAAACUGUACGCAGAUUGUGAUAUGCGAAAGCGAGGAAAUGCAUUGUUAGUCCUAAGCGUGAGGUGCGCACCGAGACGGUCAAAUAAAUAUGUAUUUGGAUUUUUAUAUUGACGCACUUUGUAGAUAAUCGACUUGUCCGUGUGCUCGCUUCACUCGAAUUUGUGGCAUUUAUUGUUAUUUGUUGUGAUUUUUUUUGUUUAAAUUUUUUCAAUUGUGAUUCCUUUUUCGAAUACUUUUUUAAUAAUUAAUUGUGUUUAUAUUAAAUUAUAGAGAAAUGUGGCCGGUAAGGGCCAGUGAUUGUUGUGUAUGCAAUAUGUGACUUUUUAUGGUUGAAUUUUUUGGUGUUGAGAUGAUUGGUUUGCCUGGUAAGGUUAGAUUUUACAAAUUGUACAUUUCAAGUUGGCCAGGUUUUGGUUUUUGACAUUUUUACAUUAUAUUUGUGUGCAAAUUGUCUAAUAAUGAACAUGAAGGUUUUGGUUUUUCAUUCACAUUAAAAGUUUUGUCAAUUUUUGAUAAACUUCCUAUUUACUGUUUUUUAGUUGACAAAAUAUUUAAACGUGUCCGAAAUUAUAGUUUAUUUCCUAACAAGUGAUCCAGUCGGAUCAUUUUAGACUCCAGUAUAAAUGGGAAGGAGUAAAGACAGCCGAAGAAAAAGAAAAAGUGAUGCAGAGAUGGACAUAAAAGAAAAAUCUCUUAAAUAGGUACCAAUGACAAUGAUGUCAAGUUUUCCGUUGCUUCUUCUGAAAAAUUGGAGCUUAUAAAGCUUCUGAUGAUAAGUCUUUGGAGUUCAAUUUUUUAGUCGAUUCUACAGAAAAACCUGUUAAUUGCUUUGUCCGAAGUUACUGGUAAUGAUUCUUGGAUUGAUUUCUCUGAAACUUCUAGUAAUAAUUUGCUCUUUCUAUCUAUUUAGUUAGAGAUUGUUAAUAGUUAUAGGUUUGACUAACGUUUUCUGAUGCUUUUGAUAUUUUUGAUGCUUCUUUCUUUUGAACGAUUCCUUAGCCAAUGGGACAAUUGCUUUUUUAAAGCUUCACAUAUUGAUUCUUGAAGACCUUUUUCUCAAAUUGGUUCUUCUGUAGCCUGAUUCUUGAAGCUUUUCAAGGUUGGUUGCUUUUUUUUGUGAAGUUUCUGGUAUAAAUUCUUAAUAAAACUUUCAUCCUUAUAUUGCUUCCUAACUUUUGAUGAUGACUUCUGGUAUUGAUUUGAAAGACUCUUCUUCCUAAACUGUGUGUUUUUUUAAUAAUAAUAAUAAUAAUAAUAAUACAUAAUAAUGAACUUCUUUAUUCAAGAUCAUAUACAAUAAUACAAUAUAGUACAUGAAAUGAUCACAAUGUUACAAAAUUAUUAUGGAUCUGGGAAAAAAUCUCUUAAACAUUAUGGUUCUAAGUUUACUAACAAUUUCUUAAUAUCCAUUUUAAAUUUUUUACCUGAAUUAAGACUUUGUAUUUGGUUAGGGAGCGUAUUGAAUAAUUUGACACACAUAUAAAGGGGUGAUUUUUCCGUUAAAGUAAGUCUAUAUGGCUUGUACCUAAAAGCCAAUGUUCUCGUGUUAUCUUUGUCGUCCUUUUUACUAUUAAAAAGGUGUUUAUUGCGAAAAAAGAACAUUAAGCAUUCAUAAAUGUACAUUGCAUAUACUGCCAUAACAUCCAUACAUUUUAAUACUGAUUUACAGCUCUGAAGGUAGUCCAUUUUCUUUAUUAUUCUCAUUAGUCUUUUCUGGACAACAAAGAUAUUUUGCAACCUGCUGUCCCUUUUCCAGAAAAUGAUACCAUAUUUUAGAACAGAAUCAAAGUUGGCAGAGUAUAAUAUUUCCAAAGAGCCCUCAUUCAUAUAUUUACUAACUAUCCUAAUACCAUAACAAAUAGAAUUCAGCUUCUGAGCUAACUGUAUUAUGUGACAAGCCCAAUCAAGGCGUUCGUUUAUGUAGACACCUAAAAACUUUGCGUUCUCUAAAGCUUUUGCCAAUGAUUCUUGAAGUUCUUCUUGUUAAAUUGAUCCUUCUGAGGCUUUUUUUAUUUUCUUAAAGAAAGUGACCAUUUAUUCAGCUAGGGGUAAACUUCCUUGAAAAAUGUGUACACCAGAAUCCCAGGAAAUCUUACUGGAAUCCCACAAAAUCUUACUGGAAUCCCACGAUAUCCUACUGAAAUCCCACCGAAACCUACUCGACUGGGACUCUGUAACGGAUAGAGAUUGUUAUCCCCAUCACUAUGCCUUGUUAUUUUCUUCACUCCUUUCAAAUUUCAAUAGAGAUGGGACGUCAAUAAAGAUAGAAAAAAUAUCUCUAUACGUUACAGAUUCCCAGUGCUAAAAUCCAAUGAAAUUCCUCGAGGAAUUCCAUGGAAUUUAGUGUGAAUUUUUAGAAUUAUUUUGAACGCUACAAUAACUGGACAAAAAAGUCUUGUUUAGCUGCCACUACAUAGGUACAAAUUGAAAUCAUCGGCUCAUCAAGCAAAUUAACGAGUCCCACUGGAAUUCACGGAAUCCCACAUAAUUCCACUGGAAUCCCACUCAAUCCUGGAAUCUUACAGUAUCCUACUCUCGAUCCUAGUGGAAUUCAAUCGAAUUUCAUGAAAUUUCUUGUGAAUUUUAGGAAGUAUUUUGAAUGCUAGUAAGCGAAUAGCCUAAGACUCUAGACAAAAAAGUCUUGUAUUUCAGUUUAGCCGCCACUAUGUAGGUACAAACUAAAAACAUCGACUCAUCAAGCACAUUAAGGAAUCCCAUUGCAAUCCCACUCGAAUUCACGGAGUUCCACAGAAUUCCACAAAAUUCUACUGGAAUCCUACGGAAUUCUACUGAAAUCCCACCCAAACCUACUGGACCAGUAUUCUUCAAACCGUCCCCAGCUUUCUCAAGAGAAGGAUUGCUCUGUUUUUGUCAGUAUUAUGGAAAUAACAAUAUGGGCGACUAACACAGAACCUUCAUUCUCAUGAGAACGCUGCUUCCCUGUUUCGAGAAUACGGACCCUGAAAUCUUACGGUAUCCUACUGGAAUCCGAUGGAGUUCCAUGGAAUUUCUUGUGAAUUUUUAGAGAUCGGUAGCAAGCAAAGACUGUGGACAAAAAAAUCUUGUUUUUCAGUUUAGCGGCCACUACGUAGGUACAAAUUAAAAACAUCGACUCAUCAAGCAAAUUAAGGAAUUCCAUUGAAAUCCCACUGAAAUUCACGGAGUCCCACAGAAUCCCACGGAAUUCCACUGGAAUCCUACUGAAAUCCCACGCAAACCUACUGGGCCCGUAUUCUCCAAGCCGUAGUAUUAUGGAAAUAACAAUAUGGGCGACUAACACAGAACCUUCAUUCUCAUGAGAACGCUGUUUCGAGAAUACGGGCCCCGGAAUUUUACGCUAUCCUACUGGAAUCCAAUGGAAUUCCUCGGAAUUUCUUGUGAAUUUUUAGAAUUAUUUUUAACGGUAACAAGCAAAGAAUCUGAAGAAAAAAGUCUUAAUCAAGUUUAGUCGUCACUACAUAGGUACAAACUAAGGAAUCCUGUUGGAAUUCAACGGAAUCCCACACAAUUGAAUUCCAUGGAAUUUCUUGUGAAUUUUUAGAAUUAUUUUGAACUGUAGCAGUAGCAAGCAAUGACUCUUGUUUUUCACAUCGACUCAUCAAGCAAACUAAGGAAUCCCACUGGAAUUCCACGGAAUCCCAAUAAAUCCCACUGAAUUCCAUUAGAAUCCCUCGUGCUUGUACACUAUAUAAAUAAGGUGGUUUACCUCUCGUUAAGAAGUUGAAAAUAGCAUCAGAAGGUUAGUUUAUUUUUUUGAAGUUUCUUCCUUGUAAAUUAGGUCUCAGGAAAAAAUCCAGUGGGAAUCGUGCAGGCUAAUGUAUCAUACUGCCUGAACUCAUCCAAUUGCCACCUCGUAGGUUUAUAAUCACAACUUCCUACAUAUGCAGAAAUAAUGUAAAAUGUCAAAAAACAUUUAAAGGUUCAUUCACACACAUUUUUCGUUUUAAGCCUACAUGGUUCUCAGGGUGGGAAAUGUGUGUGUAAAUGAACAUCAAUGGUAAAAUGGUCUCAGUUUAGAUAUAAGUGAAUUUUUCUGUCGGUUUUGGAGGAAUCUAUCCGCACUAUAAGCGUUUGGUGUAAAUUAUCGUCGCAAAAAUUGACACUAGCAAUGCAAGUUCUCUCUUAAAGCAAAAAACCAACUAAAAAAAAAUCUAUAGGAACCUGUAAAUAGUUUAGGCAAAUUUGAAAUUGUACAUAGUUAUACAUACGAUAAAAUAAUAAUAAUAAUUAAAAUUAAAACAAAAAACCUUUAGCAUAUAUGCAUAGCAAAACAGAGAAAAGUGUAUAUUAUACUAAAAUAUUAUUGUACAUGUGGUAUUUUACAUACGGAGCUAUACUUUGCAUAAUAAUAUAUUAUACCAUUUAUUAUUCGUUCUUAAGUCCUUUUUUUCUCUUUAUUAUUUCCGUUCAAGUGUGCGUUUUGGGUUAAGGGAAACUGAAAAAAAUAAUAAUUGGUACAAACAUUUUAUGUACUUUUUGCAAUAAUUUAUUUUUAGGUUCAGUGUCUUUAAGAUUUUCUUCUCAAAAAACAAUUAUCCCCAUCAUUUUUAUUGUAAUUUCAAAAUUGAAGCAGCCCUUCUAGAAUUCAUAAUUAUUAUUGGUCAAAAACUCCUAUUUUUUUGCAUCUUGUACAUAAAGUUUUCGUAUCAUUUAUUGUACUCAUGCGAUUGAUUGUACAAAGUUGUUAUGACAUUAAUUGUUUUUUUUUUGUUUAGCUUAGUUAUAUUGUACUUUAUUGUAAUUUGUUUAUAAAAUUAUAUUUAUAAUUAUUGUUAUGAGCUGGAUCCAGUCAGAUUAUCAAAAGAAACGUAUUGUGUAAAGAGAGGCAAUUGCAUUUUUAUAUUAUUAUUAUUAUCAUUGACAAAAGUUUAAUUUGGUGAGUUGGUUUCGAAAAAAAAUAAAUAAUUGAAUCCUUUUUUUUUUAUUAAGCAUUAUGUUAUUGUUUAUUUGCUUUAUACGCAACUUUUUACACACAAAUAUAAUAAGGGAUAAUCUAGAAUCUAGAUUAUAUAGAUAUAUAUAUUUUUUUUUAAAUAAAUUAUUUUAGCUUUUAAUAAAACGACCCCUUAUUCUUUUGAUAGUAGAUGCUUUAAUGCUGUGAGAUUGGGUUGGCUCAUAAAAAUCAGUUUCCUCUUAACUUGAAACGCAAUUUGAUUUUGUAAUGUUCUUAAUUGUAGAUUGUGGAAAGGUUGAUUAUAAAAUAUACAUUGUUAAAUAGAAAUACCUUGACAUUUA